GGAGGGGUUUGUGUCCUGGGUAGAUCCCGCAACGGAGUAGUAGUUCCUGUUUUAUUUUGUUCAUUAUUGUUAGAUUUAGUGUUUGAUAUGUGUGAGACAGACAUGUGUAUUGGACAUUUAUGAAAAUACGGAACAAAUUGCGUCCCGUAUUCCGAGCGAUGUUGCUCGGUGGUGUCGCGGCGGCUGUGCAGGUGGUUUGGGAUAUACCAGCGCUCUGCGUGGCGGAGCUUCUCUGCUCGCUUUGUGGAUCCAUGGCGUGGUGUUCGAGCGAUGUUGCUGACGGCAGCGGUGCUGGAGAUGUGGGACUUGUUUUCGUGCGCCUUUUGGUGGGACUGUGGCUGCUACACCACGGGAAUUACAUCUUGAGCCCUACUUGGUGGACUUUUUACUUUUUUAUUAUAUAUAUUUUUUUCUUACCUUGUCUAUAAUUGUAAAGCGUCCUUGGGUUUUUUGAAAGGCGCCAUAUAAAUUUAACUUAUUUAUUAUUAUUAUUAUUAUUAUUAUUAUUAUUAUAAUCUGGCAACACUGGAAGUAAGGCGGAAGGUAGUUUGUCGACGUCACCUCACGACGACGCCAACGAUUGGUCAAAUUUGCGGGAACGUUGCGGUGAUUGGAUAUAAUUGCAAUACCGCCCUGAAUUACGCGGGGAUUGGUUGAAUUUGCGUUGACGGUGCAACUGGCACAUCUGAAUUAACUCCACAACAGAGGAGAAUGGAGGACGGCAGCAGGAGGUUCGGGUGUAGUCUGGGAUGAGUGCCAGAGAAGAACAGCGGCAGUCCAGAUCCAUACUGUGAUCCAGUUCUACUGCAUUGUUCUGACUCUGUGUUUUGCAGAAUAAUGAAGUCCACGUUUCUGGCACUUGGUUUGUACAUAUUCGGUGUUUCUGCUCUCCUUACAUAUGGAGCCGGUUGCGGGAAAGGUGAAUAUCGAUCAACAGCUGGAGAAUGCUGUCCGAUGUGUUCUAUAGGUUUUUUUAUUUUGCAAGACUGUACCAGAACGAAGAAUACAAUCUGUGAGGUUUUGGAUGGAUAUUACUGUUCGCAAUACUCAGAUGGAGAAUGCAAUCAUGCAGUGAAACACAGUGAAUGUAAACCUGGGCAACAUAUAAAAAAACUAGGAACCAAGGACUCGGAUACAGUUUGUGAGCCCUGUCCACCGGGAUUUUAUUCUCCUGAAGGUGUGAACUGCACAAAAUGGACUGACUUUUCAGUCAGAAAUGAGGUUGAGGUUCAGGAAGGCACUUCCAUCAGAGAUGUUCAGUGCAGAGCACCAAGAAAAAGAUAUGGGCUCAUACCAGCUUUCGUCUUAUAUUUACCCACAGUUUUAGUUUUAUUUUUGAAGCGCAAAAUGAACUGUAGCACAGGAUUAAAAGUAAGUGCUGAUAUUUUAUACAAAAACCUUACAGCCAGUAUUAUUAUUCGACCCCUUUGUGUUUUACAGAAGCGCAGUGCAGACUCUUCAAAUUCACAGCCAGUGUCCAGUAAAAACCUGACAGUGUUUUGGGUCACAACAUAUCCAGCCUGUAGCUCUUUAAUGUGCUGUAAUUAAAGUUCCCCAUGUUAUCAGAGUUGAUCAGCAGAGAGUUUAAGCAGUGGCUUUUGAGAACCCUUGAUCAUGCACAUAUACCAGUGACAUCAGCACUGCUCAGUGACAUUAAAAUGGCAUUAUGGUUUAAGACGAACUUGAAGCUAAAUUGAAGCCGAACUUGAAGCCGACUUGUGUCUACUGUGCCUUUUUAUGUCAUUUUAUCAUAAUAAUGUGAUAACUUCUUAUAAUUUUUUUUCAUGAUAACAUGACACUUUUUUCAUAAGAAUGAGGUGUUUUCUUGAUAUAAUGAGACCCUAUUCUUAUUAUAACAGGAUAUUUUUCUUGUUCUAAUGGGAUGCUUUUUUGUAAUGAAGAAAUGGUGAUGGGGAUUUUUUUUGCUGCAUGGCAGCACUGUGUUGCCAUAGUCAUGGAGCACAGAAGUUAUUUACUGUAGUUAUCAUAAUUAGGGCCCGAGCCCUACUGGGCGAAGGCCCUAUUGUUCUUGUAAGAGUUCACUAUUAUUAUUCUUCUUCCGUCUUCUUCUUUAUUUUUCUCCGCUGUUGGGCCAUUUUCGGGGCGCUUGCCAUGGGCGAAAACGCACGAAAUUUGGCACCAGUUCCGAGAAUUGCCACCGCUACUCAGAACCAAAAGCCCAAACUUGGCCGGGGCUCAGGGCCUCUAUAGCACCCCCUAAGUCGUUGUGAUUUUGGCCUCCCGCAUUAAGGUGCCUGGUUGCCAUAUAGUUUGUAGUAGUGGCAUGCCAUUUGGUAUGCAUAUGUAUCUCACUAAGCUGGACAAAAAUCUAAUGCCAAUGCAUUAGCCACGCCCAACAGGAAGUGAGGUAAUUUCACUUUUGUGCGAAAUGCAUGGCCACGAAGACGGCGCAACUCCUCCUAGACCGUUCAUAGGAAUGUCACUAUAAUUGAUACACAUCAUCUACAGACAUGGCUGACAAAAGUUACUAAAUACGUUUCACGUAGGAUAAACCGUUCAGAAGUUAUACGUCAAUCAAUUUUCACUUCAUUAUUUUACAUGCUAAAAAAUUCAUAACAAAUCUUCUAAUUGGUCAACACUGCUCAUACUUCACACGCUAAUCACUCAUUGGGCUUCUGACAUGUUACCCAAUUUCUGUGAUAUUUCGCCACUGGGGGCGCUAUUUUUGGUCAAAAAAUCCAAUCUUUCCUCAAAUUUGGUCAAACUUAACGGCCACCCUCUUACUACCUCCCAUGUCAUGUAUACCACAUUUUGGGAAUUUUCGUCCAUGGGGGGCGCCGUUUUUGGCCGACGCAAUUGCUC